UUGAAAUAAGGGAGGGAAAGAAGAAGAAGCAAAGUUAUUGGAGAUAUUUUUGGCUAGAAGCCAGAAGUCAUGAGGGAAGCACUGUCCUGCUGGUCAUGGCAUCACAAGGGGGGAGUGCACCUUUUCAUUUCCCUACUGCACCUUGGCCCUGCCUCUCCAUGACGCGAUGUGCUGCCCGCAGGUACACGAUAAAGCGGCCACCGGACGGGUCGUGGGGUGUGUUGCUGGAGGACGGCUCCUGGACCGGCAUGGUGGGCAUGGUGAACAGGAAGGAGGCGGACAUGGGACUUGGCCCGUUUGCCGUCACCACUAUUCGUGCCACGGCGGUGGAUUACACCCACACCAUUCUGGUAGACUAUGGGAGGAUUCUGGCAGGCAGCGGCAAGCCUGAGGUGGAUCCCUGGGGCUUCCUGCUGCCCUUCACGCCUGGUGUAUGGCUGGCGUUCCUGGCGGCCAUGGCGACAGCGCUGGCAGCCACCGCUGUCCUGGCGCCUUGCACGGCGCUGCGACUCGUGGCUCCGCCCAGCUGGCUGAACGGCAGGGUGCUGUUGUACAUGCGGGUGGCGCUGCAACAGGAUGCAAGUGCACGGGGCAUGCGGUGGUGGGAGAGGCUGGUGCUCGGGGCAUGGAUGGUGCUGACGCUGGUGCUGAUGCGCAGCUAUGCCGGCACCCUCAUGUCGCUGCUGGCGGUGCGGCAGAUCCCUCAGCCCUUCCAGGACCUCAGGCGUCUGCUGGACGACCCUGACAUCACCAUGGUGUGGGAGGCGGGCUCCAUGUACGUCCAGUUCCUCAUGGCCAUCACGUCAGGCAUCUUCCGGGAGGUGCGGGAGGCGGAGUUUUCUGGUCGUCUCGUGUUCAUUAAGAGCACAGAGUACAACAGCAUGCUGGACCAGUUAGUGCGGCGUGGCACACACGCUUUCGUGGGAGAAGACUUGUCUGGCAGAGUCCUCAUGGCCAACGACUUCUCAACUUCAGGUCAGUGUGACUUCUACUCCUCGAGGGCCAGGUUCCUGCCAUACAUGUUCGCUAUGAUUGGCCGCCGCCACAGCCCUCUUGUGCCUGCGCUCUCCGCAAGGAUCAGGGCUGUGACUGAGGCUGGACUGUAUGACCACUGGCUGGAUGCUGCCAUUCCCAACGACACCUCUUGCACCAACGCUCCCACUAAAGUUACUGUCACCUCUUCCCUCACUUUGGAAAACCUUUGGGGGAUGUUCUUCCUCCUUGGCAGCGGUGUAGCAGGUGCAGCACUGCUCUUUGCUGGGGAGUUGUUGGCUGUUCGUUUGUGACCUCCCAAGUCCUCCAAGUUCUGAGGAAUAGCCACUGGUGCCUAUUUGAGGAACUUUCAGGGUAGUCUUGGCUUGGUUCACUACUGCUGCCAGUGUCCCUCAGCCAAACCAUUUUCUUUGCUGGCAUGUACCACCUAUCUACCACCAUCAGGAUUCUGUCUUGGCUCAUCUUCUUAGCCAAGAUGCCAAGAGUAGUAAUGGUAAGGCAAACUGAUACUCUCAGUGCUGCCACUUGUAAAAUGUAAUUUAUGCAAAGGCUGACCAUUGGUGGCAGUAAUGUUAUACCAAGUCACCCCCUGAGCUUCAGCAUGUCAGACACUUCCAUUACUGUUUGAAUCAUCAUCUCCCACAUAAAUAUUUGACUUGUAUCACAUAGCAUUGCAUUGCUAUCAGAAAAAUAAACAAAUUAGUAGAUAAGUAAAUAAAUAAAAUGUGAUGGUUGUAUUGAAACACCAUUUAUGAAUUUGUCUUUACUAGUGUUGGGCAGAAUUCUGUUCCUCCUCCACACAGUGUUACAUUUUGAAUGAACCAAUGGUAUGUAUCAUUAUCCAAACAAGUGAACCAUCAGCAUGUAUCGUUAUCCAAACAAGUUAUUGCCCCAUACAGGCCCAACGCUGCAACCGUUAAUAUGCAUAAAACCAAACCAAGCCUGAUGCCGAUUAUGAGAGAUGGGGAUAACAAUUAUGUUCCCCAUUUGACUCCUCUCCUGCACAGUAUUACUACCACAGUUAACACAGAUGUCUAGAUCAUAUGGUGCAUGGUUGCAAAUUUAUAAUCUCAAGUGUUUCAGCAACAUGCUUUCUUAGUAUCAGGUUUCAGGGCAGUGCUGUCAUUUACUGUUCACUUGUACAGCAGAGAGUAUGUAGAACCUAUAGGGAUUUCAAACUGUUGUGAACUUUGUAGUACAUAAUGUAUAUUUAGCAUUGACAUGUUGGUUAGAGAGCCACAUUGUCCCAAUCCCUUCUUCCCUCUUUCAGGGAGGACAAUAUGGCUAUAGGUGGAGAGGGGCACACAUUGUCUUGAGGGGGGACAGGAUAAUACAGAAAAUUACCUCAAUAAAUGUAUAUGGAAUAAGUGCAUCUUGAAAAAGAGGAGAGGUAAUAGAGUGUUAGGAAGGGAAGGACAUGUAGCAGGUGUGCAACACACAUGAAAUGUUCUGAGAUGAGGAGGUGUAUGAAUGAGGGUGAGGUGUGGGAGAGAGUAAGGAGUGAUAGGGUGUGUGGAUGAAAGGAGCAAGGAAAAAGGGAGAGGUGAAAGCUCUUCUGCCAUAGCCAUCUCCUUUGGGAUGCUCCAAGAGGGAGUGAAGCAUCAGUGAUAAAUAUAUACAUGGGUAUAGGUAAAAGACAGCAACAGGACAACCCAAGGGCACUACAAACCAGAAGUCAUGGUCUAGGCAGUGGCAUGCUGACGAGCUCACCAAAGCAUACUGUUGUAGAAAAAAUUCAAGAAAUUUUGUGCAGCCCUCCUUUCUUUCUCCAUUGCUUAUUUUGUUUGCAUUUUCUGACGGCAGUGUAGAGCUGAAAAGAGACGCUCAUAAUUCCUAACAUUUUGAUGCUUGGACUUCUGAACUAAUAGGUUUUAACUACAGAACAUAAUGUAUG